UGCUGGGUACCAUUGACCCGGCUUCGUCCGGCAGCUGAGCGGGCGGCAGUGUUCCCGGCCCCGGCCGAAGGAUGAUGUUACGGGCGGUACGGCCGCAGCUGCUGCCGGGCGGCUGGGCGCGCUGCCCGAGGGGAGGACCUUCGCGCCAGGGUCCCGCGCACCGGCGCGCGACCGGGUCGGAAUUCCGGGUGUGGGCGCGCGGCAUCGCGCACCAGGGUCUCGGCCCGGCACCGGACGGCCUUGCGAGCCUGGGGACGGAGCAGGAGCGGGUGUCCGACUGGGAGAGGAGGCUGCUCGACCGUUUGGGCAGCGGGCUGCUGAGUGGAAGCAGGUCGUGCCUGGCUGAAGGCAUCACCCUGGUGGAGUCGACUCACAGACAGAAGAAGCACCUGGCGCAGCUGCUACUGCAGAGAGUGCUGACCUGCCAGAAGGAACGGGAGCGGCUGAACGGCGGGAGACCGCUGGCCUUCAGACUGGGACUGACUGGCCCGCCUGGAGCUGGGAAAUCCACAUUUAUUGAAAAAUUUGGGACAAUGUUGACAGGAAAAGGGCAUAAAGUUGCUGUACUAGCUGUUGAUCCAUCUUCUAAAACUUCUGGAGGAUCACUUUUGGGUGACAAAACUCGUAUGACUGAACUUUCAAGGAAUAUGAAUGCUUAUAUUCGUCCGUCACCCACUUCGGGUACUUUGGGAGGAGUUACCAGAACCACCAAUGAAGCAAUUAUUUUAUGUGAAGGGGCAGGAUAUGAUAUAGUUCUUGUAGAAACUGUAGGUGUGGGCCAGUCUGAGUUUGCAGUAGCCGACAUGGUGGAUAUCUUUGUACUGUUUAUUUCCCCAGCAGGGGGAGAUGAACUUCAGGGAAUUAAACGUGGUAUAAUAGAGAUGGCAGAUUUAGUUGUUGUAACAAAAUCUGAUGGAGAUCUCCUUGUUCCUGCACGAAAAAUACAAAUCGAAUAUAGAAGUGCUUUAAAAUUGCUUCAUAAGCAGUCCAAGAUCUGGAAGCCAAAGGUGAUGCGUGUGUCUUCAAAAUAUGGAGAAGGGUUUACUGAACUUUGGGAGAAAAUAGCAGAAUUCCACAACACAGUAGUUGCGAGUGGUGACUUGCAAGUAAAAAGACAAAAUCAGCAAAAGGUGUGGAUGUGGAACAUGAUCCAAGCGAAUAUCACUGAGCAUUUCUGUAAUCACCCAGCUGUCAAGAAUCAAAUUCCCAGUUUAGAAGAUAAAGUCGUCAGUGGUGAUCUGACUCCUGGACUAGCUGCAGAUAUUCUUCUGAGGACAUUUUUAUCAAAGGAAUAAAUACUAUAAUUGUUGUAAAUGCUGAUUGACUAUAGAUUAUAUAUUUAUAAUAAGUGUCAUAUUUGCAGUGGUAAUUUCUACUCAUUCAAAGAGUAGUGAAAAACCUUCCUGGGUGACUUAUUGGAAUUUUUAUGUUGCACAUCUUUAUAAAGAUUUUUUGUAUUUCCAUCACUCACAAAUUUAAAUAAUCUAUUGUAUUCAUACAGAAUAUUUCUUGGACAAGCAUGGAAAAUUUUUUGGUUUCUGUGCUGAGUCACCAUGAUUGUAUUUUAAUUUUUCUUCAUUUCAACAUUGUGCUAAGGAAAGACAUCCUUGCCUAGAGGGAGUACAAAGAAGGUUCACCAGAUUGAUUCCUGGGAUGGCAGGACUUUCAUAUGAAGAAAGACUGGAUGAACUAGGCUUGUACGCGUUGGAAUUUAGAAGAUUGAGGGGGGUUCUGAUUGAAACGUAUAAAAUUCUAAAGGGAUUGGACAGGCUAGAUGCAGGAAGAUUGAUCCCGAUGUUGGGAAGUCCAGAACGAGGGGUCACAGUUUGAGGAUAAAGGGGAAGCCUUUUAGGACUGAGAUUAGGAAAAACUUCUUCACACAGAGAGUGGUGAAUCUGUUUAAUUCUCUGCCACAGGAAACAGUUGAGGCCAGUUCAUUGGCUAUAUUUAAGAGGGAGUUAGAUAUGGCCCUUGUGGCUACGGGGAUCAGGGGGUAUGGAGGGAAGGCUGGUGCAGGGUUCUGAGUUGGAUGAUCAGCCAUGAUCAUAAUAAAUGGCGGUGCAGGCUCGAAGGGCCGAAUGGCCUACUCCUGCACCUAUUUUCUAUGUUUCUAUGUUGAACUAUAAAUUGUAUAAAACUAAUUUCCAAAAAAUAGUAUCUUUAUAAAUGUAGAGUUUUAGUAUAUCACAAUAAACUUCCAUACAGAACGUUAAGAAAAGAUAUUUUAGGUGAAUUUAGUUUUUUAUGUAUGUAUUAAGAAAAUAGUAUUUGGGAAUGAUGUCUCCCUACGACUUUUUGAAAUGCUUUGCAAGAUUCUCUACUGCUGAUGUCAGUUUAUCUGCCUUCCACCCCAGAUAUAUUAAAUCCUGUAGAAUAGUAUUUAGGAUGAACCUUAAGCGAAGUGCUUUCUAUCAUAUGAUUUAAUUUUGUCAACUUUUACCUAGGGAAAAAGGAGCAUUUAUUUCACUUGUAAAACCUCUGCAUUAGGUUUAUUUUAUUGGUUGAAGUGACAGUCAUUUUGGAGCUUGUACAUCAUUUUAUCAGUUGUCAUUCUUAUGACAUAAUAUAAAAAGACUAAUUUUUGAUAUUUUUUGUGUGACGAAUUUGAAGCGACAGUUACACUAUUUCCACUUCAUUGGGUACACCUGUACACCUGCUUGUUAAUGCAAGUAUCUAUCAGCCAAUUAUGUGGCAGAAACUGAAUGCGUAAAAGCAUGCAGACAUGUCCAGAGGUUCAGUUGUUUAUACCAAACAUCAGAAUGGGAAGAAAUGCAAUCUAGGUGACUUUGACUGUGGAAUGAUUGUUGGGCUGAUUUGAGUAUCUCAGCAACUGCUGGUUUGCACAGAAUCUAGAAUGGUGCAAAAAAAAAGUUCGUGGGCAAAAAUAUAUUGUUAAUGAGAGAGGUCAGAGGAGAAUGGCCAGACUGGUUCAAGCUGACAGGAAGGCAACAGUAACUCAAAUAAUCAUGAGUUAUAAAACUGGUGCACAGAAGAGCAACUCUGAAUACGUAAUAUGUCAAACCUUAAAGUGAAUGGGCUGCAGCAACAGAAGACCAUGAACAUACAGUUGAAGUCAGAAGUUUAUAUACAC